CAUCCGCCCCGUCAUCGCGUCAGGGCGGCCCAAGUCAGCCAGUCGUCCCCCAUGAUAGUGAAGGAACCUCGACGGGAACAGGAAGCAGCUCGGGUUCGUGCCACAACAGUUCUUACAACACCAACAUGUCCAGCAGCCCACCGUCUCCCUCUCCACUCGCUUUAGCGGCCGGCGGAGCCCAGAGCGGACCCUUCGCGCCCAACGGACCUGCCCCCAUGCAGACCAGCAGUCCAAGGGCUCCCUCAGACCAAGCUCCCCUUCACCAACAGCACCAGCAACCUCAGCAGUCAUCUAUCAAGCCGUCUGAGCCCCAGUCCUUCGCCCACCCCUUUGCCGUCCCCACCACCGUCCCCCCAAAUGCGGCCCAUCCGUUCAGCGUGCCGCCAGUGCCGCGCUACCCCCCUCCCCCGCCCUCCCCCUCGCCAGGAAGCGCAGGCGAUUCGCCGACGAGCACUGCCAGCAGCAUGCACACACCGUAUCGCAGGGAGCCGACCCUGAUCCAGUCGGUUGCCGACAUCAACGACAUCUACCAGAUGAACGAGAAACUCGGCAGCGGAUAGUAAGCUAAUGACCACACAGCACAAUGGGGCCAGAGAAACAUGUUAUGUGCAUCGAUUGCAUUCGUGUGGUGUUUGGUGCAGCACUGGGGAAGUGUUUGACGCCGUGUGCCUGCGGACCGACCAGCAGCGCGCCAUCAAACGCAUCCACAAGACACGGCAGAAGUACAUAGCACCCACACCCCCACAUGGACACACAACACACACGCUCUCUCUGAUUGCAUCUCUCAUUCUGUCCAUCCAGGUUGGUUGUGGACGAGUCGUACUUCCGUGACAUCUACGACUUCAUCAUUUGCCGCGGCCACCCCAACUUGGUCAACAUCCGUGAGGUGCUCGAGGACUCCGAACACUUCUACAUCGUGAUGGAGAAGUGCAAGGGGCCCGACUUGGUGGACUUCGUGAAGUCGUUCGAGCCGGGCGGCAUCCCGGAAGCGGACUGCAAGCGGAUCAUGAAGAACAUACUCGCUGCUGUCCGACACCUGCAUCAGCAUAGGGUAAGCGAGUGGGGCAAUGGAGGGAUGGGUGGGUGGCCGACCUGGUGCCACGUGUCUCCGCUCCCUCCGCCAAUCAUCUAUCUCAUUUCUCCACCUCUCCGUAUGUGUGAUGUGUGAUGUGUGGAUGUGUGUGUUGGUCUGUCAGCUUCUGCAUCGUGAUAUCAAGCUUGAUAAUGUGAUAUUCCAGGACAGGCCUCGGAAUGGAGGUCAGGUGGUGCUCCUGGACUUCGAUAUGUGUAUGUUUAUCGACCGAGCCGACCCCCCCAAGACCGUCGAGAAGGAGGACAAGGUCUCUGUAGCCGGCACACCAAGAUACACGGUCAGUAAGGAAAGCAGGGAGGGACACAAAAAGACGGGCAAUCAGUGAGGAUGCCUGUGGCUGUGUGUGUGCAGGCGCCUGAGUGUUACAAGGGUCAGUACACCCCAGCGUCUGACCUCUGGUCGUGCGGCGUAAUCCUGUAAGUCAGACAGCUAGACAUUGAGACACCAAUGUCAUCAAACCAUCAACACACACAAGCAUGCCGUGAUGUGUGCAGGUACGCGUUGCUCACUCGUCGCUUCCCGUUCAACCUGACCCAGUGCAAAAGCAACCAGGAAGUGCAGGAGGUCCUCAGACAGGUAAGAAUGAGUGCGAGAUGCUUUGCACACGCAAUGGAUUCCUAUGCUUAUGUCCCAUUCAUCUGUCUGUGUGUGUGUCAGGGUGUCAAGUUCGAGGACGCCGUGGUGCAGCGGUUCCCGGCGGCCACCGACCUCAUAAGCUGGCUCCUCACCUACAACCCCAAUGACAGACUAUCCUCAGGUAGAUCACACAGAGACUAAAGUUCUGCCACCUGGGUGCCGUGGGAGACGUGCCUGUGUCAUGUGUGUGUCAGCUCAAGAGGCGUUGGAUCAUUUCUGGUUUAGACCGUCCCUCUUGGGCCGUCCCUACCCCCUCAUCAAGGCGCCACCGCCCCCACCAGGGAUGUGUCAGGCCCCCCCUGGCAUGGCGCCCCCUGGCAUGGCGCCCCCUGGCAUGGCGGCCCCUGGCAUGUCGCCCGCCGGUGGAGCCCAGGGCAGAACCUUCGCGCCAAACGGACCUGCCCCCAUGCAGACCAGCAGCCCAGAGGCCAUCUCACACUUAGCUCUCCUCCACCAACAGCAGCCGCCGUCAUCCCUCCAGCCGUCUGAGCCCUCGUCCUUCGCCCACGGCCCCUUUGGCCUCCCCACCACCGUCCCCCCAAAUGUGGCCCAUCCGUUCAGCGUGCCGCCAGUGCCGCGCUACCCCCCUCCCCCGCCCUCCCCCUCGCCAGGAAGCGCAGGCGAUUCGCCGACGAGCACUGCCAGCAGCAUGCACACGCCGCAUCGCAGGGAGCCGACCCUGAUCCAGUCGGUUGCCGACAUCAACGACAUCUACCAGAUGAACGAGGAAUUCGGCAGCGGACAGUAAGCUAAUGACCACACAGCACAAUGGGGCCAGAGAAACAUGUUAUGUGCAUCGAUCAUUCGUGUGGUGUUUGGUGCAGCACUGGGGAAGUGUUUGACGCCGUGUGCCUGCGGACCGACCAGCAGCGCGCCAUCAAGCGCAUCCACAAGACACGCCAGAAGUACAUACCACCCGCACCCCCACAUACACACAUCCGGUUCCCUGGACAUACACGCUCUCUCUGAUUGCAUCUCUCAUUCUGUCCAUCCAGGUUGGUUGCGAAUGAGUCGUACUUCCGUGAUAUCUACGACUUCAUCAUUCGCCGCGGCCACCCCAACAUGGUCGAGAUCCGUGAGGUGCUCGAGGACCCCGAGCACUUCUACAUCGUGAUGGAAAAGUGCGAGGGGGCUGACCUGGUGGACUUCGUGAAGUCGUUCGAGCCGGGCGGCAUCCCUGAGGCGGACUGCAAGCGGAUCAUGAAGGACAUACUCUCUGCUGUCCGACACCUGCAUGAGCAUAGGGUAAGUGGGUGGGGCAAUGGAGGGAGGGAUGGAUGGGUGGGUGGCCCACCUGCGCAUGUCUCCCUCCCCACCAAUCAUCUCACUUGUCCAUCUCUCCCUGCGGUGUGUGUGUCAGCUACUGCAUCGUGAUAUCAAGAUGGACAACGUGCUUUUCAAGGACCGGCCUGGAGGUCAGGUGGUGCUCCUGGACUUCGAUAUGUGCAUGUUUAUCGACCGAGCCGACUCCCCCAAGACCGUCGAGGAGGAGGACAAGGUCUCUGUAGUCGGCACAAGAGAGUACAUGGUACGCAACAAGGGAAGCAAGCAAGACAGCAGCAACGGGCAGACAGUGGGGAAGAUGUCUUCGGCUGUCUGUGUGUGUGCAGACUCCUGAGUGUUACAAGGGUCAGAAGGGUCAGUACACCCAGGCGUCAGACCUCUGGGGAUGCGGCGUCAUCCUGUAAGUCAGAGAGAGAGAGACACCAAUGUCAUCAAACCAUCAACACACACAAAUCAUCAUCACACCCUCUGUGUGUGCAGGUACGUGUUAAUCACUGGUAAUUUCCCAUUCAUCCUGUCCGAGUGCAAAAGCAGCCGGGAAGUGCGAAGGGUUCUCAGACAGGUAAGGAUGAGCGCGAGACGCUUUACACACACACAACGGAUUCAUAUGCUCGCGCGUGUGUCAGGGUUUCCUCAAGUUCGAGGACGCCGUAGUGCAGCGUUUCCCUGCUGCCACCGACCUCAUAAGCUGGCUCCUCACCUACCACCCCAAUGACAGACUAUCCUCAGGUAGAUCGCACAGAGAGAGGAGCUCUGCCACCUAGGUGCCGUGGGAGACGUGCCUGUGUCACGUGUGUGUUGUGUCAGCUCAAGAGGCGUUGGAUCAUUCCUGGUUUGGACCGUCCCUCUUGGGCGAGCCCUGCCCCCUCACCAUGCCAACCAUGUGGCCCCCUGGCAUGUCGCCCCCUGGCAUGUCGCCCCCUGGCAUGUCGCCCCCUGGCAUGUCGCCCCCUGGCAUGGCGCCCCCUGGCAUGGCGCCCCCUGGCAUGGCGCCCCCUGGCAUGGCGCCCCCUGGCAUGGCGCCCCCCGGCAGCUCCCCUGUGCACAACCCAUUCGCCCACGUGUCGCCGAACCCAUCGCCAUCCCCGCUGACGCCGCGAGCACAAUCGCUGGAGCUGCCCCACGACGGCCACCCCGUCCACCCACAUCGGCAGCCAGUAAGCAGAUGAGAUGCGCACAGCAACACGAAAGAUUUGGGGGGGAGAUUAUUUGGAAUGUGUUGUGACUUCGUGUGUGCCUGUGAGUGUCCGAUGCAGGCCCUGACAGUUGAGAUGGGGAACCAUGCGUCCAAUCAGAGCCAGGGCAGCUCACCCACCCCGCAGCCCAGCCCCACUCACCAGCAGCAACGCCACAACACAUCCGGGAGCGACAGUGCGGAGGGCCUCAUCUCGCCCAACGCCAUCAGCCGUCUGGACCAGGCCAUCAGACACACCGUGGAUGGUGACAUGGGUGGGGAGGGGCUGGUGUCCAUGGGGCUGGUCGGCAUGGGCCAUGAGGGCGGUGACGACGGGCGGGGGAUGGACAUGGACGAGGCGGACGGCCGCUCAUUCACUGACGCACACAGCAACCUGGGAGCCGGCACUGCUGGUACGUCAGGAAAGGCACCACAAUACCCCCUCCCACCACACUCGUCAGAGGUAGUUCUGUGCCAUGCCUUUGUCGUGUUGUGUGCAGAGUUGAUGAGUCCGGCCUUCUCUCACUCGACCGGCCCGGCUGAUGUGACCAAUUUCAGCAGCACAGCCCCAUCACUGCAGCAGCCCCCAUCACUGCAGCAGCCCCAGGCACUGCCCCAGCCAGGCAUUCCAUCGCAGAAGAGAAGUGCAGCGCUGACCGCCGCCGCUGGGCAGCAGCAGCGGCAGCAGCAGAACUUCUUCGCGUUGAUCCCGUCCUCUCUAUCGCUCAUGGAUGAGGGGCAGGGUGCCAGUGGGGCGGGGCGGGGGCAGGGACAGGAUGCAUCUAGCAGCAUCACUGGCACAGGUGGGUGGGUCUGACGGUUGGCUUGGUGGUGCUCGCUCAUGUGUCUCGGUCGUGUCUCAUUCUGGUCGAUCAGGUGGUGCCAAGUUGGUUCCGAUCGGUCGCACCUGGCAGACGGGCAGUGCUGCCAGUACUGCGGAGCCCCAGACGAAUCCCAAGCAAGAGUCACCCAGUGUGGCAUGUAAGUGAAAAAUUGGCUGAUCAAUCACCAAUGGGACGCACUUUUGCGUGUCUCUUUCCUCCUUUGCUUUUUCAACCCAGGUUGUGAGUUGCUGAGCCCGACGCUCGGUCACGGCACUAUGACGGUGGGCAGCAGCGGGUCAGCUCUCUUCGACUCAUCUCACGUGGCCACCCUCGCACUCUCCCACACCCCCCAGUCCCUAUGGCCAGGCAUCACACACUUGGGCCCCCACAUCCAGGGCAACGGGAGUGGGGGUAUCCUCGCCCCGUGGGAAGACUCACGGCCACAGACCAUGACGGCACUGCUGACCGGGGCCGCUGGGCAGCAGCAGCAGGACUCGUUCACGUGGCCUCGGUCAUCUCUGUCGCUCAUGGAUGAGGGGAAAGGUGCCACUGGGACGGGGAUGGGACAAGGAAUGGCUGGCAGGGCACAGGAUGCAUCUAGCAGCUCCACUGGCACAGGUGGGUGGGUCUGAAGGUUGGCUUGGUGGUGCUCGCUCAUGUGUCUCGGUUGUGUCUCGUUCUGGUCGAUCAGGUGGUGCCAAGUUGGUUUCAAUGAGUCGCAGUCGGCAGAGUAAGGGUGGUGCCGGGCUGUGUAUGUGCAUGGGGAGUGGGUUGUGCGCUGCAUGUCAAUGAAAAUUCAUGUCUUUGUGGGCCCGGUACAUGAUGGCUGCUUAAUGGGAGACACACGACGGAUACACCCACGAGCAAUGGGAAACACUGACGUGCCACGAUGCAAUGCGCUGAGCGGACAGAGACGUCUUUUCGUUGAGCAAUGAAGACCACUAUCCC